AUGAGGACGAGGACACAAAGACGAAGACACGAAGACGAGGACACGAAGACAAGGACACAAAGACAAGGACACAAAGACGAGGACACGAAGACGAGGACACGGAGACGAGGACACGAAGACGAGGACACGAAGACAAGGACACGAAGACGAGGACGAGGACACAAAGACGAAGACACGAAGACGAGAACACGAAGACAAGGACACGAAGACGAGGACACAAAGACAAGGACACGAAGAAGAGGACACGAAGACAAGGACACGAAGACACAAAGACAAGGACACGAAGACGAGGACACAAAGACAAGGACACGAAGACGAGGACACAAAGACAAGGACACGAAGAAGAGGACACGAAGACAAGGACACGAAGACGAGGACACGAAGACGAAGACGAGGACACGAAGACAAGGACACGAAGACGAGGACAUGAAGACGAGGACACGAAGACGAAGACGAGGACACGAAGACGAGGACACGAAGACAAGGACACAAAGACAAGGACACAAAGACGAGGACACGAAGACGAGGACACGAAGACGAGGACACGAAGACAAGGACACAAAGACAAGGACACGAAGACGAGGACACGAAGACAAGGACACAAAGACAAGGACACAAAGACGAGGACACGAAGACGAAGACGAGGACACAAAGACGAGGACACGAAGACCAGGACACGAAGACAAGGACACGAAGACGAGGACAUGA